AUGCCGGAGCAUCCAGAGGGCCAUGCGCCGCGCGGCCGCAUCACUGCGCCCAGCACGCGCGCACCGGCACCUGGACGGACAACAAGCAUGGUGCCUAGCCGUACGAGCUCGGCGGUCGGCGCCGCAGCGGCGGCGUCGCCGUCCGAGUCGUCUGCUGCCUCUCGUUCGUCGACACCGCAGCCGAGCGCCAGCCGCAUCCAGUUUCGCCCUGUGAUGCCGCAGCGCCGCCGGACACCGAAUGUGUCUACGCCGCAGGUGAAGAGUGAGGCGGAGGAACGGCCGAAGCCAUCACGUCCCCCACCGCGGCCGACACCGCGGCCGCCGCUCGAGAUGACAGCCACAGGUCCAUUUGCGCUGGGCGCUGCACCAAGCUCUUCCGCCUCAUCCUCGCGGCGCGCGGCGGCACUACGGGCCGGUACGCCUGCGGUCAUGUCGAUGGUAACCGCGGCGGCGGCCCCCUCGGCCUCCGGUGACACCGAAGCCAGGGGCGUCGACAUUGAGCAUGUGCAUGAGCUGGACGACAUGGCUCCCCAGUCGCUCAUGCAGGCGCCGCCGUCAAUAAAGCGCGAGAAACCGUCGGCCAAGCCUGAACCUAUGGACGACGUGCCUGACGUCAACCAAUCCCAGGCACUCGACCUGAGCGACAAUGAAGACGACGCGGAAGAAGAGACGGCGAGCUUUCUCUCGUCGUCGCUGCAGUCGGGGUCGCCAUUGGGGCAGCUCUUCCUCUUCCAAUUCCCACAGUCGGGCCUGUCGUUCCAGCGCGCCGAGGGGAGUGCCGACGAGGCGCCCAAGACCGAGGAUGGCGCACCGGCGGCGCCUGAGGGCCACAUUGGCCACCUCGAUGUCUACCCGAGUGGGCGCAUUGUGCUGCGGAUCGGGGAUAUGCCCUACGAAGUGGGCGGCGGCAGCGAGUCGAGCUUCCUGCAGCAGGUCAUGCUGCUGGACACGGAGCGCCAAUCUGCCGAGUGCCUUGGUGAACUGAACGGCAAGGUCGUUGUGACACCGCAGCUCGACUACCUCAUGGAGCGAGCGCGUCUCGACGCAGCACCAUGA